ACACACUACACACGCACAUAUCUUUCGCCAGGAAGAAAAGGGAGUGAGGGAUGGGUUUGGUUGUUGCUUUUGGUGAUGUGGCAAAAAUGGCUGCACAAAUGGCCCAGCCAUUUUUUGGCUGCAGAAAGGGCCACCCAUUGGGGCAGGGUUUUUCACAAAUAUGGCCAUUUUUUGGGAAUGGCUUGAGCCAUUUUCAUACCAUUGGACUUGCUAGACAAAUGGUGCAUUGCCAUUUUUUAGGAAUGGCUUGAGCUGUGUCAUCGGACUUGCUCUUAAAGGCAACGGGUACACAGAUGGGCUACACCCUUCUUAUGGCAUGGAGAUCCUCCGUAACUAUAGUUUGUCUCGAUCUCCGGGUCCGUUUCCUUUAACUCAGCCACAUGUUCAUGUUAAAUACUAGUGGUGAAACUCCUUCACCCCCUCCCCGCUUCCUUUUACUAUCUGGCGAAUCGAUGUUAAAUCAGAAUUUAGAACCACCCAAAAUCUUCAAUCGAACAAAGCUGCAACAAUGGACACAGGUAUGCCUAUUGAACAUUGAAUCGGUUUAACAGAUGGCAGAGGGCACAACGAACAAACUGGUUCACUCAUUUGAUGUGACAAAUGAUGUCAAGAAAUCCUUAUUUGACUUGGGAGCCUUUGUUGGGGAUUUAAGUGUUGAGGAGGACACAAACAAUGAUGAUAUUUCACUUGAAGGACUAGAGCAAGAGCUAGACGAAUGUAAAGAUGAUGAUGUAGUUCUAAACAUACUGUCUGAAGGUACAAAAUUACGGGAGUAUACAAAGGGCGUCGAAAAUAAUUUACGGCAGGUUGAAUUGGACUCAAUUCAGGAUUACAUAAAUGAAAGUGAUAACCUGGUCUCACUUCAUGAUCAGAUUCGUGAUUGUGACAACAUCUUGUCUCAAAUGGAGACACUACUUGGAGGAUUUCAGGCUGAGAUUGGCUCUAUAAGUUCAGACAUAAAAGUUCUUCAGGAGAAGUCGAUGGAUAUGGGACUGAAGCUGAAGAAUCGAAAGGUAGCAGAGUCAAGACUAGCAAAGUUUGUUGAAGAUAUUAUCGUCCCCCCAAGGAUGAUCGAUAUAAUUGUUGAUGGAGAGGUUAAUGAUGAAUUUAUGAGAACUCUUGAGAUCAUGAGCAAGAAAUUGAAGUUUGUUGAAGUGGAUCCUAUGGUUAAGACUUCGGUAGCCCUGAAAGAUGUUCUGCCUGAGCUAGAAAGACUUCGUCAGAAAGCAGUCUCAAAGGUUUUUGAGUUCAUUGUUCAAAAGCUUUAUGCAUUGAGGAAACCCAAAACCAAUAUCCAGAUCCUUCAACAGAGUGUUCUACUAAAGUAUAGGUAUAUUAUAUCCUUUCUCAAGGAGCAUGGUAAGGAGGUAUACACUGAGGUUCAUGCUGCAUACGUUGACACGAUGAACAAGGUUUUAAGUGCACAUUUUCGUGCUUAUAUUCAAGCAUUGGAGAAAUUGCAAUUGGAUAUAGCGACAUCUAGUGAUUUGUUAGGUGUUGACACCAGAAGUAGUGGUCUUUUUUCUAGAGGAAGAGAACCUCUGAAGAAUCGGUCUGCUGUUUUUGCUCUGGGAGAGAGGACUAAUAUUCUAAAGGAAAUAGAUGAACCUGCAUUGAUUCCCCAUAUAGCCGAAGCCAGCUCCCGCAAAUAUCCUUAUGAACUCCUAUUUAGGAGCUUGCACAAGCUUCUUAUGGAUACUGCCAGUUCUGAGUAUCUCUUCUGUGAUGAUUUCUUCGGGGAAGAAUCCAUAUUUUAUGAAAUAUUUGCAGGUCCAUUUGCAGUUAUUGAUGAACACUUUAAUACAAUCCUUCCAAAUUGUUUUGAUGCCAUUGGCCUAAUGCUUAUGAUCCGAAUUAUACACCUGCACCAGCUCAUCAUGUCUCGAAGGCGCAUCCCAUGCCUGGAUUCAUAUUUGGAUAAGGUCAACAUUUCUUUAUGGCCUCGUUUCAAGAUGGUAUUUGACAUGCACCUAAGCAGCUUGCGAAAUGCAAAUGUGAAAGCAUUAUGGGAAGAUGAUGUCCAUCCUCAUUAUGUAAUGAGGCGCUAUGCUGAGUUUACUGCCUCUCUCAUUCAUCUUAAUGUUGAAUUUGGACAUGGCCAGAUUGAAUUGAACCUGGAAAGACUCAGAAUGGCUGCUAAUGACUUGCUUGUCAAACUUGCGCAAAUGUUUCCAAAGCCUAAGCUGCAGACUGUUUUUCUGAUUAACAAUUAUGACAUGACAAUUGCUGUAUUAAAGGAAGCUGGUCCAGAAGGUGGGAAGAUUCAACUGCACUUUGAGGAACUGCUGAAGAACUACACAGCAAUUUUUGUGGAAGAGUUGUUGUUGGAGCAUUUCAGUGAUCUCAUCAAGUUUGUAAAGACCAGAGCCUCUGAGGACACAACUAGUAGCUCUGAGAGAGCAAUAACUGUUUCGGAGGUUGAGCCUCUUGUAAAGGAUUUUGGGAGUAGAUGGAAAGCAGCAAUAGAGCUGAUGCACAAUGAUGUGAUCACUUCUUUCAGCAACUUCUUGUGUGGGAUGGAUAUCUUAAGGGCCGCGUUAACACAGUUGCUGCUCUAUUACACCAGGCUCUCAGAUUGCAUAAAGAGGAUCGUUGGUGGGUCUUCGCUCAAUAAAGAUCUUGUUUCCAUAUCUUCCAUCAUGUACGAAAUCAGGAAAUACUCCAGGACUUUCUAGGUCAUGGAUUAGUGCUACUUACCGACAUCAUAGUAUAAGGUCAUGCUCCUGAUUUGUUCAGUUGAAGUCCUUGUGGUGUUUACAGUCUGUGCUGGCCAUGGACACAGUUCUGACUUGUGCAUUGGGAAGAAAAUGUCGCACGGGUCAAAGUGUUUACAGAGAGAGAAGCUGCUGGACCGACUAAAGUAUAAUUUUUGCCAAACAAUAAAAAGAGAGAGAGAGAGAGAGAGAGAGAGAGAGAGAGAGAGAGAGAGAGAGUAUAUGUUGUGUAAUAAGAUGAUGUUAGAUAUCUGGUUUCUUCAUAAUGGCGUCUCUUUUAUACUUAACUUGUAAGUAUGUAGAAUUGCAUGUGUGGUUUCGUGUCUUUAACGUGUGUGUCCGGACUCCGGAGCCCUAACACACGGCCUUUACACUUAUGCGAGUGUGUGUGCAUUUGUGUGCACAAAUGGUUGUGGAACUACAAUGAUUGUAUGUCAAAAAGUCUAGGAACACCACUUGCACA